AAAAUACCUGAUUCGGUGUUUGAUAAUUAUAAGUACUCGAGACCCGUACUCGAGUCUGUGUAUGCGAAUACUAUAAUUUGCUUACUCGAGUACGUGAGUACUUCUAAAAUACUCGAGUCAGAACUCGAGUCGAUUCGACUCGGCACAUCACUAAUUUGCUCCCUAGUGUCAUAAUUAGAUCGCUUGGAUUUGUUUAUGGAUAAAUGGGUUUUUCCCAAACGCAUUUAUUAAAUUAUUUAUAAAUUAAUAAUGUAAAAUAACGAAAAUAUUAACCACUGUAAAUCUCGCUAUAAAACAAGCGCAGCAAACAAAGUUAAAUAAUCUAAAACACUUAAUUUAUUGACCACUAAGUGCGCCGAGAACAAAGAAAAGUGGCUGAAAUGAAUACUUCACAUUUUGUGCUGUCUGCCUGCUGUGCGUCUUUGGUAUUUUUGGCAUUUUGCAUAGCCGAAUCUGCGAGCGAUGAGCGCUAUUUGCCUCUGCCUGCUGACGAUACGGUCUUGAGCACAAAUAAGCGCUUUCAACAGAUCAUGCAAGGUGGCGGCUCAGCAGAUAUAACGUGGCCGCAGCCACCCAAAUUGAAAACAGACAAGAUCGAUGUAAAGGCUGAAAUAGAAAAAUUGAAUACAACUUAUGUAUAUCAAAGUUCAUGGCCAAGUGCAGAUCUUAAAUUAGGAUCUGUCACCGCAGUUAGUUUUGACAAAGACGGAAAUGUAGUUAUAUUUCAUCGUGUAGAUCGUAUUUGGGAUGAAUAUUCGUUCAUCGGAAAUGUUUUUAAACAACGAAAGAAGGGGCCCAUUCGAGGCAACACUGUCCUGGCAUUGGAACGUAAAACCGGGGAAGUGGUCUAUGGUUGGGGGAAAAACUUAUUCUACAUGCCUCAUGGCUUGACAAUCGAUCAUGAGGAUAAUGUAUGGCUUACUGAUGUGGCGCUGCAUCAAGUCUUCAAGUUUGGACCACGCGGUUCUUCCGAUCGGCCACUAUUGACUUUGGGUACCGCGUUUACGCCCGGCGUUGGUGAUUCGAAAUUUUGCAAGCCUACUUCCGUUGCAGUAUUGGAAAAUGGUGACUUUUUUGUUGGCGAUGGUUAUUGCAAUGCUCGAAUUUUAAAAUAUGAUAAAAAUGGAAAGAAAAUUCUAUCCUGGGGUCAAAACUCAUUCGCUGGCGUUUCCUUGGAAGUAGCACCAAAAAAUUACUUCGCCAUUCCACAUGCACUUACACUAGUGCCUGAGCAGCAAUUGAUUUGCGCAGCUGAUCGUGAAAAUGGGCGUGUACAGUGUUUCUUUUGGACUAACGGUACAUUCCAUUCGCAAUAUCAUAAUCAAAUUAUUGGCGAUCGUUUAUUCAGCAUGGAUUAUACACCUGCAGAAGGCGGCGAACUUGUAAUUGUUAAUGGACCCAUCGCUGAAUUGGGGGUCAAAGUACAGCAUUAUAAUGAAGUUCGUGGCUACGUAAUGAACAUGCGCACUAACCAAGUGGUAUCGAAAUUCGGUCCCAAUGACAUGCAAUUUUCAAAUCCACACGAUAUUGUAGUAACCAAAGAUGGCAAUGAAAUCUAUGUCGCUGAGUUAGAUCCAAAGCGUAUACAUAAAUUUCUGCAUAAAACUGUUGCCAUCUCGAUGCCGCUGUCAGCAGCUAAAACACUUUCCAGCAGCGGCAGUAUACAAUGA